AUGUCUACAUCGAGCACACUCAAAUUGGAGCCUCUGACUAUUGAGGACAACUCAGCCCUCACCGACCUAUGGUUCGCGGCCUUCAGCGACCCGAUUCUACGACGCGUGUUCCCAAACACGCCGGGCGUGCGCAAGUGGUUGGAAAAUGCCAAUGCCCACGACCUUCUCAACAAGCCCUUCCAGCGAUACAUCAAAAUAGUAGAUACGGCCUCAAAAGAUGCCGAGGGUCGCCCGCGGAUAGCCGCAUACGCCAAAUGGGACUUAUCCAUGCCCGAGGAGCGAGGACGCCGUUAUCCCCCGUGGCACGAAGAAAUGCCCGCUGAACUGUGCGAGGCAUUUUUCAUGAAAGAGGAGGCGAAUCGGAAGCGGGUGAUGGGUGAUACCCGGCAUUUCUAUCUGGAUACGGUCGCUACGCACCCUGACUAUCAGCAGCGAGGAGCUGGGUCCUUACUGGUCAAAUGGGGCUGUGAUCUAGCCGAUGCUCUGGGUGUGCAGGCGUAUGUGGAUGCCAGCAAGGACGGUGCGCCAUUGUACGCAAAAUUCGGGUUCGUGGAUUAUAGCCUUCCUGGUGAAGAGAUUGCCUCGAUGGCGCGAAGAUGA